AUGAAGUUUACAAACGCUCUUCUCUUUGCCACUCUCGCAUCCGCAGGCGCCAUCCAUCGUCGGCAUGAGGAACCAUCUGGAAGCAAUAAUAUGCUACAAGUAGACGAAAGCGGCACCCGUCUCCCGCUCGAUGAAGCCGGCAGCGAAAUAUCCGUCACAGGCCAGGGCGAAAUAACGACAGUGGAUGAAAGCGGCUCCCUGCUUCCGCUAGAUAAACCUGGCCGCGAAAUAUCCGUCGGGCCAGCGGCAGAAGGGGAGAAUGGGGGCGAACGUGCACACCAACUGCCGCAGGAUGCACCAAGCAUUCGGUCACAAAUUACAGCAAUUCGAAAUGAUAUUCGACGCUUCAGUUCGGUUAUAAGUGGCCCUAAUCUGCGUAUCUACCACAUAGUAACGAGAAUGGGUCAUCUUGAAUGGCGUCUAAGCGACUACGCAGAUGCUCUGGAGAAAACGGCAGUUGGCGAGCCAAAGGAGAUGAUAAAGCUUUACCGCGCUUCUUUUGCCUCUGACUGCCUCUUGCUCAAAAGCAGCAUUCACGACUAUGUUGUGCUACGGAAGCAGACAGUCGAACAGUACGGCGAGUGUUUCAAGAUGGAAAGAAUCAUUCAAGGCAUCCAAGCCCAACUAGAUCGGGUAAGCAAGUACAUGGCAGCAGCUUUGGCACAAGAGCAACAAGACGGCUCGCUUCCGCAGUACCUAAACGAUGCUAUUGCCGAGUUUUCCAAGGGCCGCUGCGUUAACCGUAAGGUUACUGUAUCGAAUCCAGUAAACUACAGGGGCACCAUAGGCAAGGCAAAUUAUUAG